AAUGAAAACAUCUACUUCCAACUUAGCUUCAUACCAAUGCUGGAAGAUACAUUCAAGUUCCUGACAUUGUGUGUAACAACCCAGCCGCGCUGCUACCCAGACCACCAACGCCUGGCCAUCCUCGCCCUAUUGUGUCGGGUCAGCCUAGACCGGAAUCUGCGGAAGCAGCCCCUGAUAGAUCUGCAACAACUGUUGCUGGUUCUGCUUGAAGGCAUCCAGAAAUGGGAGGAAACGCUGCCAGAGUUAUGCACAUCCCUCGGCUACGUCUCGCAACAUCAUCACAACAUGGUCGCCGUCGUGCGUUGUUUCCCAGAUACCAUAACUAGAGGACGGUGAGUCCCUUCUGCGUGGGAGACACGCUUUGGACCGAUUGGGGACGGCCGGGGAGGAAGGGAGUGUGUGUGUGUGUGUGGGGG